AUGAAAAGUUAGCUCUUGGCUAUUUAGUUAGUUUUAGUUUGCAAAAUAAAAUAUUAGAAUUAGUUAUGCUAUUUAUAAACUCUGUAAUAUUGUAAAGUUAGUUAUGCUAUUAAUUUAAUUGUGACAAUUGUUAUUUAAAAAUAAAUAUGUUUAAAAUUAUUUUGUUAACACUAUCGUUAAAUUCUUUAUGUAAUUUAUAUUUACUUAUCUUAAAAUAAUGAUCUAGAUAAUUAUUUCUUGCUUUUAUUUCUUCUUAAUUUGGUUAAUUAAUAAGUAUUUCUACUUUGCUUUAAUAUCUUAUUUUUCAUAAGAAAAUAAAAGUAUUUGAUCAAACAAACUCCAAUAAUAGGCAUAAAAAAAUUAAGCAAAUUAACAAACAAAGAAAUGGAUAAAGACUCUGACUAAAAGCCGAGACUACUUAAAACAGCUGAGAAGCACAAAUAGGAGUAGAAUUAGGUUGAAUUGUUGAUCUAAAAAUUAAAAGAUAAAUUUAAGUAUAAACAAUUUAGAAUUGAAUCAUUAAGGACCUUUAAUUAGUAUUAAUAAGAUAAAAAACUCAAGUUAAAAAUGGAGUAAAUGGAAGAAACUUACCCUCUAAUAAUCAUAAAUAGUUUUGCUUUUACAUAUUACAUAAACAGAAAGCAAACUAAUAUUAGAAGAUUAGGAUUUUCAGUUGGAGUCAUGUGCACUUGCUACUUUUUGAUGGUAUUUUUUGGUGAGGAGUAAAUGUUUUAUCGAAAUCUUUUAUUGCACGAUAGUCCUCAACAAUCUUAUUUAAGAUAAAAAUUUAUAAAUGUAUUUCCAGACUCUUACUAUACUAAAUCUCUUAUUGAGAUAGAAAACUAGAAAAAAAAAUUAAUAUAAACUGAAAAGCCUUAGCCUAUUUAACUAAAUUGA